AUGGCUGGGUCCACGCUACAGAGCCCAUAUUCCCCUGUUCCCAAGGACAGCCACCCAAAACUCGAGCCUGUACCCAAAUCUUCAAACUGUGGGAAGAAAAAGGAGAAAAGGAAGUGGCUGCAGCAAGAAACCAAUGUCGAGACCCUCACCAGGGCUGGCCUCACGGCUCUACAGGCUGGUCAGGCUCAGGAGGCCUUGGGCAGCUUCCAGAAGGCCUUCCUGCUAGCCUCCAUGGUCCCAUCUUCCAGAGACAGCUCUGUUCUUCGAGCCUGCGCCUUCAACCUAGGUGCUGCCUAUGUGGAGACAGGUUACCCGGCCAUAGGACUUGAGCUACUUCUGAGAGCCCAUCCUGAAGAGAAGUCCAAAGACUGGUAUUGUGCUGACCAGUGCUUCAAUGUGGCUUUGGCCUAUUAGGCACUCGGUGAACUGACCCAAGCUUUGGACUGGUAUCACAGGGCUCUGGGCUAUUACCAGUCCCAGGGUGACCAUGGGGAAACACAGGCAAAAAUGGGAGCCUGAUAUCAGGCCCUGGGAUGGCCUAAGCAAGAAGCCUGCAGUUUACAGGAAGCAAGCUGUGAGCUGAUGCUGACCAGAGCACUGAUGGAGGAGCACUCUGAUGCUGACCAGAGCACUGCUCGGGGCCUGCUGAGGCUGCUCUACAAUGACCUAGGCAUGGGUCACUUCCAACUUCAACUGUUUCCUUUGGCUAUAGAGGCCUUCCUGCAGACCCUACCCUCCUGUCAACAGCCAGCAGACCAGGCAACAGUGUUUCAAAACCUUGGAAUGACCUACAAUGUCCUUGGCCACUAUCAAGAAGCCAAGGAGUUUCACCAGUAGACUGCCAAUCAGUAUGGCUCUGUGGGCCAGCGGUUGGAACAAGGUCGGAGCUUGGGUGGCCUGGCAUUCUCACUGAGCCAACUGGAAGACCACAGGGCUGCUUGGGACAGCUAUUUGCAUGCCCAAGAGACUGGGGACAGGAAGGGACAGUGGCCUGUAAGGGCCUUGGGGAAGCUUGCUGGACUCGGGCAACAUGACCAGGCCUUGAAAUACUAUAAGAAGGUGCUGGCCCAGUGUCAGCAUGAGCCAGGUUCUGUGCCGGAAGGGCUUGUAGCCAAGCUGGUGGGUGCCAUGAGGACCUUCUUGGCUCAACUUGGGGUCCAGUUAAGGUCUCUCACCAGCUCUGACAGUACCGGAAGGCUUCAGGCACGACAGGCCCUCUGCUCCGAGAAGGCUCAGGCCAACGGCAAGGGCCUCUACUAG